AUGAACACAUUAUCAAAAGAUACCAUUCUUGCUCUAAAGAGCGUGUGUUUUUCAACUAAGAGGAAUACAAUUCUUGACGAUGUCACCUGUACAGCACAAAGUGGCGACAUCUUGGCAAUCAUGGGACCAUCAGGUGCUGGGAAAACCACACUUCUGAAUGUCAUAUCUGGUCGACAAAAGCUGACAUCCGGAGAAAUUACCUUAUCCGGGGUACAAUUUGGAAAGCAAUUGCGACGUCGACUUGGAUUUGUUCUACAGAGCGAUGUGCUUUUCUCAAAUCUGACGCUGUGGGAAACUCUUUAUUUUACGGCAAUGAUUCGACUACCGCAGAGUGUUUCAAAAGAAGACAAGUUACAGAGACUGGAAGAGAUCAUUGAUGCUCUCGACAUUCAAAAGUGUCGGAAUACUGUGAUUGGCGACAACUUCGUUCGAGGUCUUUCGGGUGGGGAGAAGAAAAGAGCCAGCAUUGCAUCUGAACUGCUUACUGAUCCGGACAUACUACUUCUGGAUGAGCCUACAUCUGGCCUUGACUCAAGCAUUGCACUCAGUCUGAUAAACCAACUGAAGUGGUUUGCAUCCCGCUACAACAAGACGGUAAUUGUAACAAUUCACCAGCCUUCCAGCCAGAUUUAUCACUUGUUCGACUCUCUUUUACUUCUAACACAUGGGCAGGUAGCGUACUUUGGAGAGGCACACGAAAAACCACUGAAGUUUAUGGAGAAGAUUGACCGUAUUUGUAACCCGUUAUACAAUCCUGCAGAUUUUCUAAUCGAUCUUUUGAAACUUGAGAAACCGAUACUUGAUGACCUUGUGCAGUUAAACAAGGAUGAACCGUUAAUGCCACACUGUCAAGGCGGCAAGAAUAAUGAAGCUUUCGUUAAUGAGAAUGAAAGAACGGUCGACAAGGAAGAGAAAAAAGAUUCAAGACCUGCGCAAAUCUGUUUGCAAGCUUUUGAUGUGGAUAGCGGUGUAGGCCAUCAUGAAAGGUGGCCUACAGGGUUUUGGACGCAGUUUCGAAUGUUGACGUGGCGAAACUACAAGCAAUCGAAGGGCCGAUUGUUUCAAUAUCAUGACCUCGUUUUCUUUGCAGUAAUGUCGGCAAUUGUCAGUUUGCUAUUCUUUCAAAUUCCGAACACUGCAGACGUGUUCAGAGACAGAAUGGGCCUGGUUUAUUUUUGUGUUACGUUUUGGACCUUUGGACCUGCGAUACAAGCUAUAAUGACAUUUCCAACAGAGAGAGGAGUUAUUUCAAAAGAAAGAGCUGCAGGGGCAUACCGAUUGUCUGCUUAUUAUUUUGCCAAAAUUGUAAGCGAAUUGCCCCUGACUAUUGUGGUUCCUUCGUUAUUUUACACAGUCGUCUACUGGAUGUCAGGACUGGGCAACGUUGGACAGUUCUUCGCGUCCUUGUCUGUAUUUAUGAUAAGCAUCUUAAGUGCACAGGGGCUCGGAAUGCUGAUCGGCGCUGUAUUUACCAACUUAAAGGUAGCGUUGCUCUUUGCAAACACCUUUUUGUUCAGUUCGCUGUUGUUUAGCGGCUUCAUCACGGUGACUUAUCCCUGGUGGCUGACGUGGGCCCGAUAUGUAUCCCACAUACAGUAUCCACUGUCUGCGAUUACGAUGAUAAGACUUCAAGGAAAAGAGCCGAUAUUGUGCACUUCUCCAAGUGUGUCCCAAUACGCUAUUUGUCUGCAUGAUAUAAAUGCCACUGUGACGUCAUCAGAUAUCCUGAAAGAAAACGGAAUUGUCCUUCCGCUACAUUGUUACAUUUCCACUCUUGCAUGCGUGUUUGUUAUCUUGCGCGUGAUUGUAUACAUUGUGUUGCGAUUGCCACGCCCAUAG